CAGCGCCCUCACAUUUAUAAAAAGCAAUUUUUCGCACUUCCUAGGCAACUUAGGCGCUACCUAACGGACGAGCAAUAGAGACCAGCACAUGAAUCAUAAUGAAUGCGGCUGUGUAUAUCGUAACGGCCAUGCUGGCGUGCUGUUGCUCAGCCGAUACCGCCUCCGGAGACCACGCGUCCGACACUUCUCAGUUCGGAAAAUGGAGGACAUGUCUAGCAGAUAAAUUGCCCGCAAAAAAAAGGGAAGUGUUUGAUGAAUGUUUUAUUAAGCCAGGCGGAACAGAUAUGAACAAAUUUCGCCGAGGACUUAAUUGUGUGUUAACCAGUGACGGACUACUGAAAAAUCACAAGGUCGAUUUGAAGAAGAUGUCAAUGACCGCUGCUUCAGCAGGCUCGCCCGAACUUAAAAAAGCUUACGAGAAUUGUCCCAAGGAUGAUAAGAAUACCUCCGAGGAUCGUAGUAUAAAGUGUCUCAUCGAUCACCUCGAAGUCGAUUGUAAGUUGGCGUCAAAGUAAGCAGAAGCAAUUGAAAUUAUGCUGCAAAAUUAUCUGCUGGAAUAAGGGUGGUUCCAGCGACAAUGUUUGGUCGAUAAGAAUAUAAAACAACUCAUGUACCGGUGCUUCAGUUGAGCUAUAUUCUGUGUGAUCGGACGUUUUGGGUUUACACGUCAGGCCAUAAAACAUUUAACAAAAGUCAAUAAAUUCGUGGAUAUUAAAUGUUAGAACAAACGA